UCAUUGUUUUUGCUCAAGAUGUAAAAACUGUUGGAGCGGCAGAUUUAAAAUCUCAUUUAAAAUAAAAUAAAAACUGCGUCUUUUAUGAAGAAAGUUGUGGAGGACGUGACUUUUUUAAUUUUUUUUUCUUUGUAGUAAAACUUGUUUUAGAUAUUCCUGAUGACAAACUCUAAUUUCUGGUUACUCUGAAAUUACCCACGCGCGUUUUGACUGUCGGGGUCUCUCCGCGCUGCGGACUCUGCGCACCGAGAUGGAUUCCGCGGGACGCAGACUGUGUUUACAUCGGACAUUACUUUGCUUUCAGAGUAAACGUGCGUUUUGUGCACAUUAAAGGAGCAGCGUGCACAUGGUAGUUUCCCCCUUGGAUCGUGGUCUUUGGUUGUGUUAGGGGAGAAGGACUGUGGAAAAGAAGACGCGAGUGGGACUGCAGCUCUGCCUCAGAAACAGGAGGAGAGGAGGUGUUUUUAUCUUUUUAUUUUUAUUUCUCCACACCAAGAGGAAAACAUGGAUUUAGUCAUAUGGUUCUGUGGAUGUAUACUCCCGUGUCUUUUGCCUUCAGCUGUAAAAGCAGAGGAAGUGGCAUCUGAGCCAUGCGGUGGGUACUUGGAUGCGAGCGAUGCCGGCUACAUCACCACACCCGGCUACCCGCUGGAGUAUCCCCCCCACCAGAACUGCCGUUGGGUCAUCACAGCCCCCGAGCCUUCGCAGCGCAUCGUCCUCAACUUCAAUCCGCACUUCGAAAUAGAAAAGCUGGAUUGCAGGUACGAUUAUGUGGAGAUCCACGAUGGGAACUCUGAGAACGCUGACCUGCUGGGGAAGCAUUGCAGCAACAUCGCCCCCGCACCCAUCAUCUCAUCUGGACCCUCGCUCCACAUCAAGUUCGUGUCGGACUACGCUCACCAGGGGGCGGGCUUUUCGCUACGCUACGAAAUCUUCAAAACAGGCUCGGACUGUUCCCGUAAUUUCACCAGUUCUUCGGGUCUCAUCGAGUCCCCGGGCUUCCCCGACAAAUACCCCCACAACCUGGAGUGCUCCUUCAUCAUCAUCGUCCCAUCCAGCAUGGAUGUCACCCUCACCUUCCUCACCUUUGACCUGGAGAAUGAUCCCCUGCCAGGCGGAGACGGAGACUGCAAAUACGACUGGCUACAAGUGUGGGAUGGUCUCCCAGGAGUGGGCCCCUUGAUUGGUCGAUACUGCGGGACCCGGGUUCCUCCAGAGAUCCAUUCAUCUACUGGGAUUCUCUCGCUGUCCUUCCGCACUGACAUGGCUGUGGCUAAAGAUGGAUUCUCGGCUCGAUACAACAUGACACACAAGGAAGUCAGUGAGACGUUCCACUGUAGUAACGCCUUUGGGAUGGAGUCAGGAAAGAUCACAGACGAGCAGAUCACGGCAUCGUCGAGUUUCCCCGAUGCUCACUGGCUGCCGCGUCAGGCGCGACUGAAUUACAAAGAAAAUGCGUGGACGCCCAGAGAGGACAGCAGCAGAGAGUACAUCCAGGUGGACCUCCAUACGCUGAAGGUUUUGACGGGGAUUGCCACUCAGGGCGCCAUUUCAAAGGAAACCCAGAAGGUUUAUUACGUCACCACCUUCAAGUUGGAAGUCAGCACUAAUGGAGAGGACUGGAUGGUUUACAGGCAUGGCAAGAAUCAUAAGGUUUUCCAUGCCAACACUGACGCCACAGAAGUGGUUCUCAAUCGAAUCCCACAGCCGGUUCUGACUCGCUUCGUAAGACUCCGACCUCAAGCGUGGAAGAACGGCAUCGCUCUGCGGUUCGAACUUUAUGGUUGUCAGAUUACAGAUGCCCCCUGCUCAGAGCUUCAAGGCUUGUUGUCUGGACAACUUCCUGACUCCCAGAUCUCUGCGUCCUCCAUGAGGGACAUCCACGGCUCGAUGGGGGCAGCCAGGCUGGUGGCCAGCAAGUCCGGCUGGUAUCCCAAUCCAACACAACCUAUAGCAGGAGAGGAGUGGCUACAGGUGGAUCUGGGCACGCCGAAGACAGUACGUGGCAUAAUUACCCAGGGUGCAAGAGGGUUGGAGGGCAGCACGAGCGCCGAGAACAGAGCAUUUGUCAGGAAGUACAAACUGGCACACAGCUUGAACGGCAAAGACUGGAACUAUAUUAUGGACAGCAAGACUGGGUUUGCUAAGAUUUUUGAAGGGAACAGCCACUAUGAUACUCCAGAGGUGAGGCGGUUUGAUGAGAUCGUGACGCAGUACAUGAGGGUGUUCCCGGAGCGGUGGUCGCCUGCUGGGAUCGGCAUGAGGAUGGAGGUGCUCGGCUGUGACCUGCCUGAAAUCACCACUCUACCCGACACGGUGACCCCCACAACUCCCAGAGUGGAACAGACAACCUCUGCAAUGAGACCAGCCACUUCGCCGUCGCUGUCAGCUGUGUGUGACUUCGAGCAGAGCUUGUGCGGGUGGUCCGCAGACCCCCACUCUGGUGUGAGCUGGUCCCUGCACACAGCCAGCAGCGGGUCAACUGGACACGGCACACAUGGAACGUGGCAGGACAUGACACUGGGCUCAGACAAUUUUUCAGGGAACUACCUCCACCUGGAUGCCGGCUCCCACACUCAGCGCAAGAUAGCUCGACUGCUGAGCCCUGAGGUGGGGCCAGAACGAGGCCCGCUCUGUCUUCUGUUCUACUACCAACUCCAGGGGGAGGCGCAGGGGAGCCUGAGGGUCCUGCUGAGGGACAGCAACCUGGAAGACACCCUCUUAUGGGCACUAAAAGGUGACCAGGGGCCCCACUGGAAAGAAGGCCGAACCAUCCUUCCACAAAGCCCCAAAGAGUAUCAGGUGGUGUUUGAGGGGUUUUUUGAUCAUCCAACCAGAGGACACAUCAGAAUAGACAACAUCCACAUGAGCAACAACGUCGAGUUGGAACAGUGUGCAAAGCCUCUGCCAGCCUUAACCUCGGGCAUUCCCAAUCGGAAAGCUGCGGACUUCGGGAACGAUCCUGCGUUCAAUCACAAGCAGCACAUCAAUGGAGGCUGGCCAUCCUUCUUCUCCACCCCGUCCUCUGAUGUAGACCCCCCCUCUGUCACCCUGGUGUCAGAAAAAGACAAGGACAACGCCUGGCUGUACACGCUGGACCCCAUCCUCCUCACCAUCAUUGUGAUGAGCUCGCUGGGCGUCCUGCUGGGAGCCGUCUGCGCUGGGCUGCUCCUCUACUGCACGUGCUCGUACAGCGGGCUGUCGUCGCGCUCCUCCACGACGCUGGAGAACUACAACUUUGAGCUGUACGACGGGAUCAAGCACAAAGUGAAGAUAAAUCAGCAGAGGUGCUGCUCGGAGGCGUGAGGAGUGAUGGGGGAAGUUGUGAUCUUCUACAUAAAGGAUGCUUUUUAAAGUUUGGACAUCGUGAAAAGAAGCACUGUCCCCCACCUGAAAUCCUCCUUUUGCUCUGAUGUCUAAUGGGGUAAGAUUCAACCUCACCCACUUUUUAUGUGCCAGGGGGGGACUUGUGAUCUUCUCCCCUACAUGCUUUGAGGCCUAAACCGAGGGAAGAGCCGACCCCGGUCUCCCGUGACUACAGUCUCAUUUCUCCUCUGCCUGCAGGAGAAAAUCUGCUCGAUUUUAAAAAGCCUGAGUGAAUGAAGGAAUGAAUAAAAUUAUAUGACUAACCUACAGCAGAAGACCCACCAACCACUGGGAUGAAGAUGCAAUGGAGAUGGACUACAUCUCCCAAACGAUCUGGACAUUUAAACCACAAAUGGCAGCGCAGUCUGGGAUGUUUACUGGCUGAAUAAAGACUUUGCUGUGUACUUUACAGAAGAGACAAAGAUCUUAAAGUUCCAGCUUCUGAUUGAAGACUUCUCCACCAGUGGUCCAUGUCCGUGGGUACUUCUGACUCAAAUCAGCACAUAUCAAGUGAAUGCCUAUUCCUCUAAAUAUCUAAACAAGAUGCCGAACCCACACAACUCAAAUGACUCUAGAUUUCUAAAAAUUGGAAGAAAAAAAGGUGAAAAGAGAACGACGAUGGACAUUUUUCCUUUUUUUUUCGUUUGUUUUUGAAAGUUUUAGCUCUGAGUUCUGUGAGUUUUAAACGUCCAUUAGCCUG